AUGGCAGGCGAUGGGAGCCGGCCCCGAGGCCUUCGCUGGCGCUCCAGUACCGUCUUCAUCAUUUCCACUGUUGCACUCGGCCUCUUUACAGAUCUUUUCCUCUACGGCCUUGUCGUGCCGGUGCUCCCCUUUAUGCUUUCCGAUCGUCUCUCUAUACCGGAAAAUGAGAUUCAAUCCUAUGUUUCCGGACUGCUAGCCGUGUACGCUGGAGUGCAGCUCCUGUGUUCCGUCCCCGUCGGCUGGAUUGCCGAUCGCGCCCCGUCGAGACAGCUGCCGUUUCUGUGCGGGCUCGUGGCCUUGCUCGCCGGCACAGUCAUGCUUGCUCUAGGACGGAGCAUUGCCGUACUGAUUCUUGCGAGGGCACUGCAAGGUAUGAGUGCCACGGUGGUCUGGACUAUUGGUCUCGCCAUGGUGCUUGACACUGUGGGCACGGAAAACCUCGGCAAGACCAUGGGCGUGAUAUUCUCGACCAUUUCCGUUGGUGAGCUGGUGGCUCCCGUCCUCGGCGGCGUCUUGUACGACAAGACAGGUUAUGGUGGCGUGUUUGGGCUCGCUGUCGGUAUCAUCGGCAUUGACUUUGUAAUGAGGUUGUUUCUCAUUGAGAAAAAGACGGCAGCAAAGUACGACAACUCACUUCUUGCAAACGGCGCAGUCAAUGCCCGCGAGCAUGACCACGGGCAUGGCACGAAUGGCGACGAUGACAUAGGCCCAGGCGAACAAGAUGCACUGCUUCCUGGCAAGGUGGACGAAGCUUACAAGAUCAAGCACGAACCGAGCGAGUUGGUGCGAUCCAUUCCCAUUCUCUAUUGCCUGCGUAACCCCCGGCUGGUCAUGGCGUUGGUACUGUCCUUGGUCCAAGCAACAUUACUUGCUGUCUUUGAUGCAACGGUCCCUACCGAGGCGCAAACACUAUUCGGCUUCAACUCGCUGAAAGCAGGCCUGCUAUUCAUUGCGCUCGACAUUCCUUAUCUGGUUCUGGGCCCUAUCGCCGGAUGGGCAGUGGACAAGUAUGGCACGAAACCUGCCGCAGUCUUUGGAUUCGCCUGGCUCGUUCCUAUGCUCGUCUUGUUGCGCCUCCCGACAGAGGGCCUGGAGAGCGGCAGGACCAACAUUAUCAUCUACUGUGCAAUGUUGGCAUUGAACGGUGUUGGCCUGGCAGUCAUAGGUUCGCCCAGCUUUGUCGAGGCCAGCGAGGUGGUUCAGAAGUACGACAAGGCAAAUCCAGAGUUCUUUGGCGCCAAUGGCCCUUAUGCGCAGCUGUACGGGUUCAGCUCCAUGUUCUUCUGCGCGGGACUCACGUUGGGGCCAAUCGUCGGCGGUGCACUCAAGGAUUCAAUCGGCUACGGGAAUGCAAAUGCCGUGUUCGCGGCAGUAUCGGCAAUUGCAGCCGUGCUUUCAUACCUUGUUAUUGGCGGAAAGCCAAAGAUGCUGCUAAGACGUUGA